GCAAAAAGCCUGUUCAAUGAUGGUUUGCGGCCUUUACUCUAUUCUGAGCGUCUUGCAGCUGAAAAAGGCAUUGGUUGGCGUAGAAUCGGCUCUAACAUAAAAUACUACCGCAAUGAUCUUAGAUGGGUGCCUUCAGCCGAUUUUACCUGUCAGCUAAAAAACGCCAACUACACUCGAGGGUUGGGACGGGAGAGAAAUAUUCUGAGUCCGGACGAGAUGGAAGCUUGUUGCUCUUGGAGACCGUUGGCAACACCUCUAGAGCCACUUAACUGGCCCGCUGGGUUUGACUACGAAGGACGGCCUCUAUAUUCACUUACAUGGACCUUCAGGUUCCCGGCGGCCAAGGACACUGUGUACAUGGCUCCAUGCUACCCAUACACCUACAGCCAAUUGCGACGUUACCUGGCCACCCGAAUAUCAGGUUGUGCUCGACGGUCACGUGUCUGUCAGUCGCGCCUUCUCUGUAGAAGCUUAGCUGGUAACCUGAUCCAUCUAUUGACCAUCACAGAACCUGAGGCCAGGCAGAGAGCAUCACAGGCGCAGGCAAGCAUGGAACCGAUUCAUCAGAUUCUCGAAAACAUGGACUCUCAUGACUCUGCACGAAUGGGACCGCCUAAAAAGUGUGUUAUUUUCACCUCACGUGUGCAUCCAGGAGAGACACAGUCCAGCUGGAUGAUGCAUGGCCUCCUAGAAUAUCUGACCAGUGAUAACCCAGAUGCCAAGGUGAGGCAAAAGUCAUGCUUUAUCUCCCUUUCGAUUAGCAUAUUUCUCACAUACUUGACUGCAUUACAUUUUUUCUUGGUCUAA